AUGGCACUGGGUCUCUUUCACACAAAACAUUUCAAGUCCUCAAGAAACUUACGGAAGCUUCUGAUAUCUUCGCCCAUUCCAACGUCUCCAGCCCACAGCCCAAUUUCUUCGUCCUCUCCUACUUUCAGCCUGGCAGGCCCUUUGGUGGUUUUAAAAGCAAAAUAUGGCUUCACUGGUGUUUCGUUCCCUGAAAUCUCUGUCAGUGAAGGCGACUACUGCAAAUUAAUUGAACGUUUAGAUAACGGCUGGCUAAUGGUACAAUGUAUCGACAGAGCAGAGUUGGGAAUUGUUCCUGCUCUGUAUGUUGAGAUUGCCGUCAAUGACACGGAGAACCCAAUUUCGCCCGAGUGGCUUCGAGAUUGCAAAAAGAGAAGCACAUCUAUUCAGGAUCAUCCAAGAUCUGGUACGGUUUCGCAAGUUCUGCUUGAUUCUAAUGGCCGUUUCUGGUACCUUUACCGGGUCCGCAUGUAUUCGGGAAAAAAGGUGUUUCUAGGAAAGUACUAUCAAGACUUUUAUCAUCUACAUUGGGCCUUGCAGGAAAGUCUAGGCAGCGAAGUUACGUUACCAUCAUUACCAAAACCAAUUAGUGUAUGCGGCGGGGAGGAGAAGGAAUUCAAGUUGGGGAAGAUUCUCAAGCGAUGUAAAGAGUUGGAUGAUUACCAGCGCAGUCUUUUGAGUAUUGCAGAUGUGAGUCGUAGUCUGUUAAUGAUGAACUUCGUUACAGAGAAUAAGAAUCAUCGAGUUGUCUAUGAAAGAGGAGAGUCGGUUCCUCCUACAGAAGAGAUUAUUCAAAUGAUUUACAAAGACUCUAAUAGCAUCCAAAGCCUUCUUCAUGUAUCGACAAAGAGCUCCUUUUCCACGACCGAGCCACUCCCUCUUGUCGAUUCUUUUGGAAACAGAUUGAAAUACUCGGCCCCGAGGCAUUCAACCACUUGA